UCCCAAGUCAAGGCACGCUGAAACUAGCCGUUACUCUCUCUCUCUCUCUCUUCUUUAUCUCUCUAAAGCUCCCAUGGCUGCUUCAGUGGACUCCCCUCCACCUCCCCACUUCAAGGACGGCGCGGGCGGCGGCAGCGGCUUCGCCAUGGGCUCUUCUCCUACCCUCUCCGCUUCCCCCCUGUUCAGCCCCUCCUCCGACAAGCGCUUCUGGAGCAGCCUGCGGUGCCGUGUCGACGCUCUCCUCGAGAAUCGAGACCGCCGCGGGGCCGCCGGUGGUGGCAGAGCAGAUGGAGGCAAUGGGAUGAAGGAGGACUCGAUGCUCUUGCUCAGAGGGUUCGACUCUGUCGCCCACAGUCUGUCUCAGCUCUCCGACAACAUCGACAACGCCCUUCAGGGAGCUAGAGAUCUGGCAAAGCCGCCUACUCUGACGGCCAUCUUCCACAGCAAUCUUAAGAAGAGUUCAGAUGAAAGCAGAGAAACAAAGCAACAUUCCGGAGAAGACGGAGAAGAAAAAGAAGAAGAAGAAGAAGAGCAAAAGAAGAAAGUGUCGAAAAGAAAGUUCGAUUCGAGCAAUUGCCCCGAAGAAGGCGAUUCGCAGGACGAAAAUGCUCCAAGCCCGAAACUCGCAAAGCUGAACAAAGCCAAAAAUCUUGCAGUGUCUAUGGCAACAAAAGCGGCCUCGUUCGCGAGGGAGCUGAAGUCGAUCAAGUCGGAUCUGUGCUUCGUGCAGGAGCGAUGUGCUCUGCUUGAGGAGGAGAACAGAAGGCUUAGAGAUGGGUUUUCCAAGGGGAUUAGGCCUGAGGAAGACGAUCUGGUGAGGCUUCAGCUGGAAACCCUACUGGCUGAGAAAUCCAGGUUGGCAAACGAGAACGCGAACCUGAUUCGAGAAAACCAGUGCCUCAACCAGUUGGUCACGUAUCACCAGCUCACCUCACAAGACCUCUCGGACUCGUAUGAGCAAGUCAUGCAGGGCAUGUGUUUAGACUUCUCAUCUCCGCCGCCUACCAUAGCUGAAGACGAGGCAGAAGAUGGUGAUGACGAUGGAGCUUCCGCGACUCCUGGGGACGACAUUUUCAGUUUUUCCACUUCUCUCGACGGGAGUUUCCAACAGGAACUGUUGUAGGAAGUGGAAGUGGAAGUGUUCAUUGUAUCAGAAGUCCCAGAAGUGCAGCAACAAAGGCUUUGUUGCCUAAUUUUGGUUUUGAAUUGGGAAUUUGUGGAUCAGCCCUUUCCACAAGUGAUAAUGUUAGAAUUUUGUACUAGCCAAUAUCAAUAAAAUUCUUCAUGAAUUUGAAUGAGAAGUAUAUGCACUAUCCUUCA